AGUAGACUAUAAAUUGUUACACGUUGGGUGAUAUAUUGUCUGUCUGAUCACCCAACCUAUCCUGCACAUGGAAGGAAUCCUUAGGUCCAGAACUCGGCGCGGCCAACACCUCUAAUGAUUGGUUAGCUAUGUUUCACUUGGAUCGCAGGACAAGUCACCUUUUUUAUGAUAUCAUUGAUGCAUGGGCUGCCUUUUUCUAUGCAAUCGACAACUGCAUGCUUGUUUGUUCAAACACGUUUCCGCUCAUGUCCGUGUCGUUGCUUGUAAUACCAGCCUUGAGCGAGCCCACGGAUCAAGGCGUUGGGCGGACUGUAAACCUUCGAAUGCUCUUUCAAAAAAGUGUACCCAUAGUCAUGCAUAGGAAGCGGACUCUUGGGCAGCGCUUUAUACGUAUUCCGAAACUGUGCAGGCACAAAUCUGGCUACAGCUGGUCCACCAAGUGCAGAGCUUCAAGAUUGUUGGGAUGGUUUAAUUUCGACCCGUCAUCGCAAAAGGGCACUGUGACUAUGUACGCUGCGCGUACAGCAUACAACACACCACGUAGUUUUCCUCAGUAUUCUGCAGGUCCUCGACGUUAGAUUCAUUUUCUUGGUCUGUCAGCUAGAUUAUUCGCGGGUUCAUAGCCCUGGAUGAGACCCCGCCUGGUUGCUAAUGCUUCCGCUGUCUUGUG